AGAAUCUGGAAUAACCUAACCCUACUUCCAUCUUUCAGCCAGACGGUCAUAUACUAUAUCUCCGUUUCCAUCUCCUCCAUUUACACCCUACCCCUCAAGUCGCAGUCUACACCACGUCGAUCGUCUAAUAUAUUGAGCUCAAAUCUAGCUACAAUGACUUUCAAGCGGAGGAAUGGAGGUCGCAAUAAGCAUGGCCGCGGCCAUGUCAAAUUUGUCCGUUGCUCCAACUGCGGAAAGUGCUGCCCUAAGGACAAAGCCAUCAAGAGGUUUCUUGUAAGAAACAUUGUUGAACAAGCUGCUGUUAGAGAUGUCCAAGAGGCUUGUGCUUUUGAAUCAUACACUCUUCCAAAGCUCUAUUUGAAGGUGCAAUACUGUGUUUCAUGUGCAAUUCACUCUAAGGUUGUCAGAGUUCGCUCGCGCACUGAUCGGAGAAAGCGAGAACCUCCACAGCGUCUAUUCAGACGCCCAAUGGACAAUGCCACUCCUAAGCCUGGUCUGGCACCACGCACUGCUGGCGCUCCCCCAACUGCUGCCCGUACAUAAAAGCGGUCUGCAUCCAGAGAUCAUGUUACAUCUCCAUCUUAAAUUAAAGUUGUCAUUUUGAUACUGUGUUUUUUCCUUGAAUAUUUUGUUUUAGUUGGAAAAUCAUGACACUUUCAUUAUUGUCUUCAGAAUCGCGAGAUAAACUAAAUGUUAUGCCAUGCUAACUUCCAAAUGCUUACAUAUUUUGAAGGCUUAAUUACUGCUCAUGACUCAACCUUUAAAAUUUUAAGGUAACCCCGGGUCUGGGCCGGGCCUCGGUUUUUUUUUUUGGCUUUUCCUAAAUCCUAAUUAACCCCCAACCCUCCCCCUCACCCCCAAACCACCUCAAAUGGCCCAUCAUGUCCAGCCCAACCCAAAAACAUAAAAAAAUUCAAAAAAAUAAUUUAGCCUGGACCGGGCUCAAACUGGCUGGGCCGGUUCACGAUUUAGGAGGCCCUAGCCCGCCUACCUCACUGGGCCGGGUGGUCUGAACCGGGCACCAACUGGUUCACCAGGCCGGUUUGGGCCAGCACAGUAGCGGGCUGGUCCGGGACCGCACAAUAGCGGGUUGGUCCGGUUCCGGGCCGGUUGGCCUGGCCCGAGUCCACUCCUAAAUAAGGUCUCCCUUUUCCUGUUUAAGUGUUACGAGUUAGAUACAACAUAUUAUUAAACAUACAACACACCUGUUCACAAA